AUGGACAUUCAAAACUCAGCAGAGACUUGGAAAUGGCAAGUAAAGUGCUUCUUUUUCCUUUGUAGCUGGGGCUGGGUCUCUGGGCAGCUUCGCUAUUCAGUUGUGGAGGAGUCUGAGCAAGGGACAGUGGUGGGAAAUGUAGCGCAAGAUCUGGGGCUGAAAAUCUCUGAUCUCUCAAAACGCAAGCUUAGGAUGGGAUCAGAGGGAAGCAGAAAAUACUUUGCUGUGAACUGGGAAAAUGGAGCUUUGGUUGUGAAUGAAAAGAUAGACAGGGAGAGCCUGUGCGGCUCUAGCACAAGCUGUGUGUUACCAGUUGAAGUAGUUAUAGAAAACCCUCUACAGCUACACCGUGUUAUGGUAGAGAUUCUGGAUAUAAAUGAUAACUCUCCCAUGUUUUCAAACAAUGAAAGAACUAUAAAGAUUACAGAACUGAUAGCAAGUCCCGGAGCUAGGUUUACUUUGGAAAGUGCACAUGAUCUGGAUGUGGGGACCAAUGGAAUUAAACAAUAUAAACUGGAUCCAAGUCCUUAUUUCUCGCUGUCCGUAAAGAACCGCAAAGAUGGUACUGUCAUUCCGGAGCUAGUGUUAGAAAAAGUUUUGGACAGAGAAGAAGCAGACAGGCAUCACCUUAUCCUUACAGCUGUAGACGGAGGCACUCCUCCAAGGUCUGGAACUACACAAAUAAAUGUCAUUGUCAUGGAUUUAAAUGACAAUCCACCUACCUUUGAAAAGGGAUCCUAUAAAAAUUAAUUUAAAGGAAAAUACUGCUGUUAACACAAUACUGCUAAAACUUAAUGCCACCGAUCUAGAUGAGGGCGCCAACGGUGAAAUUGAAUAUUCAUUUGAUGAUCAUACACCAGAUUCAAUCAAAAGGAUAUUUGCCUUAAAUCCAAACACAGGGGUUAUUUCUGUUAUUGGGCCAGUUGAUCAUGAGGAGUCAAGGUCAUUUGAGUUAUCCAUCAGAGCAAAAGACAAAGGUGUUCCAGAAAUGGAGGGCAGCUGUAUUAUUCACGUGGAAGUUGAUGAUGUCAAUGAUAAUGCACCAGAGAUAGUGCUGACCUCUUUAAUGACAGAUGUUCCUGAAGAUACAGCAAUUGGAACAGUUGUUGGGCUCUUCAGAGUAAAUGACAAAGAUUUGGGUUCAAAUGGAGAGGUAAAACUGGAACUGCCCUCUAAUUUACCGUUUAAAUUCAAAUCCUCCGAUGAUCACUAUUCAUUAAUUACGGAUGGUGCCUUGGAUAGGGAAACAAUGUCUCAGUAUAUCAUUGACCUGGUUGCAAGUGACAUGGGGUCUCCUCCUCUAAGGACGCAAAAAACAAUCUCUUUAAAAAUCACAGAUGUCAAUGACAACCAGCCCACCUUUUCCCAAGUUACUUACAGUGCCAGCAUACAAGAAAACAAUAAGCCUGGACAGUUACUUUUAGAAGUUUUGGCAUCAGAUCCAGAUGAAGGAGAGAAUUCCAACUUAGUUUACUCAAUUGCUGAUGGCCAAGUUGGAGGUUCCACAAUAUCAUCUUUUGUAUAUAUUAAUCCGAAAACUGGAAAUAUUUAUGCGCAGCGUUCAUUUGAUUUUGAAGAGGUCCAGGUUUUACAAAUUCCAGUGAAAGUUGAAGAUUCUGGAUCUCCUAAACAGUUUUCCAACACAACUGUGUAUAUCUUCAUUUUGGAUGCCAAUGACAACUCCCCAUCAAUUUUCUACCCUGAGCAUUCUGGUGAGUUUCUUGCACAUCAGAAGAUACCAAGGUCAGCCCCUGGUGGAUACUUUGUCACUAAAGUAAAUGCAGUGGACCUUGAUUCUGGUCAUAAUGCAUGGUUAUUAUAUAACUUUGUUAAUGUCACUGACUCAUCUUUAUUUUCUAUAUCUUCCCAAACGGGAGAAAUUAGAACUACUCGUAGUUUUCAGGAAAAUGAAAACCAAGAACAAAGUUUAGUUAUUUCAGUUAGUGAUCAUGGAGAACCUCCUUUAUCUGCUACAGUGACAAUCAUCAUUGCAUUGGAGGAUACUACAGUCCAGGAAAAUAUGAAGUCCCAGGAUUUGUUUCCGAGUUCAACAAACAGUUCUGAAAUUACAAUGUAUUUAAUUAUUUCUUUGGUGGCAAUAAGUGCUGUAUCAUUUAUCACCUUCACAAUAUUGCUGGUAAAGUGUCUGAAAAAAGAUAGUGGUACGGCAUGGUGUUGUAAAGAUGGUUCUGAGCCGAAUCACUACAUGGGACAGUAUCAGCCAACUCUACAUUUGAACUCGGAUGGCACUCUGAAGUAUAUGGAAGUUAGGAUGGCACCAACAGAUCCCAAGGGUCAGUGUUACAAAUCCUGCUAUUCCACAAUGUCAGAUAAAAAUGAUUUCAACUUCAUGAGGCCUUUAAAUUUUCCUCAACUGAAAAGCAUGUUCAGUGAAAACGAGGUUUUAUUCCCCACUCUAAGUGGGCCUGGGCAGCAGGCGCAGCCUAAUGCGGACUGGCGUAUCUCUCAGGCUCAAAGACCUGGACCCAGCGGAGCUCAACCCACAGAGGAAGCUGGAGUAUGGCCAAACAACCAGUUUGAAACCGAGAGACUUCAGGCGAUGAUUCUGGCGUCCGCUAACGAGGCUGCUGAAGGAACAUCAGGCCUUGGAGGAAGCACAGGCACUAUGGGCCUCAGUGCCCGCUAUGGACCACAGUUCACCCUGCAGCAUGUGCCCGACUACCGACAAAAUGUCUACAUUCCGGGAAGUACACUAACCCCGACCAAUGCUGCAGGAAAGCGUGAUGGAAAAGGUGGUGGAAACAAGAAGAAGUCGGGGAAGAAAGACAAGAAAUAA